AUGACUUCGAAAGUUCCCUCCUCAGAUUCAAUUGAUGCAUUGAAGUCUAAAAUGUCUGUUCAAAAGGAUCCACAUAAGUUCUUGAUGUCCAUCACUGAAGGAGAGAAACAGCCAUUUGACUUUUUACGUGUUCUAUAUGAUGGUUGCAUCGCUGGAGGUGUUGCUGGUGUCAUGGUAGAAACAGCUUUAUAUCCCAUUGAUACCAUCAAAACUCGACUACAGGUUGCUCGUGAUGGAGGAAAGAUUGUUUUGAAGGGUCUCUACUCUGGAUUGUCUGGAAAUCUUGUUGGUGUCCUACCAGCUUCUGCAAUUUUUAUUGGUGUGUAUGAACCCACAAAGCAGCAAUUGCUAAAGUCAUUGCCUGAGAAUCUCAGUGCGGUGGCUCAUUUUGCUGCAGGUGCUAUUGGAGGCAUUGCUUCUUCUCUUGUUCGGGUUCCAACUGAGGUUGUUAAGCAAAGGAUGCAGAUUGGGCAAUUUAGAUCCGCACCAGAUGCUGUUCGUCUCAUUGUCUCGAAUGAGGGUUUUAAAGGUCUUUAUGCGGGAUAUGGAUCUUUCUUAUUGCGAGAUUUACCAUUUGAUGCUAUAGAACUAUGCAUUUAUGAGCAGCUCCGGAUUGGGUAUAAAUUAGCGGCAAAAAGAGACCCUAAUGAUCCUGAGAAUGCCAUGCUUGGGGCUGUGGCUGGUGCCAUAACUGGAGCAGUUACAACUCCUCUUGAUGUAGUCAAGACCAGAUUGAUGGUUCAGGGAUCGCAAAACCAUUACAAAGGCAUUAGUGAUUGUGUGAGGACAAUAGUUAAAGAAGAAGGAACUCAUGCUCUUUUUAAAGGUAUUGGGCCUAGAGUUUUGUGGAUAGGAGUUGGAGGUUCAAUAUUUUUUUGUGUUCUUGAGAAGACAAAGCAAAUUCUUGCUCGGAAUCGGCACUCCAAAAUUGAGAUUCAGAAGUGA